UGGGGAAAAAAUUGAUGGAAGAUUUGAAACAAAGCCGCAUUAUAAAAUAAAAAGUAGAUGAAAAAUUUGGUAAAAAAUUGAUGGAAUAUUUGGGGCAAGCCGAAUUUCGAAAUAAAAGCUGAAUGAACUGAGCAGUCUGAAUCAUUUGCAGUCCACUAUAUUAUUUGAAAUUCAUAUUUUCUAAAUUUUGAGUUUGUCAAAUUUGGUUGAAAUUUUGUUUUCAAUAUUUUUAUUGUUGGUUGAGAAGAAAAAUUUCGUUUUUAGGUAGUGCUUGAACCCUGCCAUCUGAAGUUCAGCUAUUAUGAUGUCUCGUCUCAAUUUGAUUGCUGUUGUAUGUGUUGGAUUUGCAGUUCUUACUGCUGUAGUGGGAUUGCCCAUUAGAAGCAAUGAUCACAAUCCAGGCCGGGAGGACCAGUUUGUGAUGAGUGGCGACACUAGCGCUCCAGGUGGUGAAGAUCUGAAGCGCCUACGUAGACAAGAUGAUGACGAUGAAGAGGGUGAACUGGAUCCCGAAGCUAUCUCAGAAAAGAGAAAAAAAGAAAAGGAAGAGAUACUUGAUCAGCUGUUUCCAUGGUGGCGGGAACAGAAAGCACAGUUUGACGCAGGCCUUUUGCAAUAUGGGGUCAGGCCUACUGUACAUUAUUGAUGAAUUAAAACUGGUCCCAUAUCCAACGGUACCCCACUAACUAAUCAAUUUCAAUUCAAUUUAUUUUUACACACACAUACAUAUUUAAUACAGAGAAUAACAAAAAGAAUACAUGCAAACAACAACAACAAUACACAUUGAAACAAAAUAAAAAGAAAGCGGUGCAACAAAAAAGGAAGGAAGAUUGAAGGGGUUUCCCAACUAUGGAUAUCCAUGUACUAGGAAAACCUAUAAUCCUUGAGAAGGUCAAAAAGGUGUCGGGAAAAGUAAAUAGAUGGUAGAUAUGAAAGGAUGGGAUAAGGGAAGAAUAAUAGGCUAAGGGAAGGAUGGAAAAAAGAAACCGAUAAGACCAGGUGUUAAAAAAAUUAUAAUACUAGAUGAAUUACAAAGGAUUGUAGAAUCAAUAGCAAUAAUAAUCUGUAUCCAAAUCAAUAAUCCAUAAUAAUUCUAAGCCAGAUGCUAUAGUGAGGUCCACUUUAUAAUGGCAGUGUUCGAUUAGCAAUGGUAUUGCUAUCCUUGUCUACCAUUCAACAUAGUGGAUAGCGCUAUCUCUAUCUUGCUUUGCUCUGUUGCCAGAUCGUCCUUCAACAACAAUGUAGAUUUAAUAAUUAAAUUGACAAAAUAUUUUAUCUCAAUUAUUAUGAAAAUUCAUUAUGAAAUUAUUGAAAAAUAUCAUUUCCAGCUUGAUAAAAUAUAAUUUAUUAUUUUAAAGAGAAUGAACAGUUAAUAUGACAUUAAUAAACCUCUAUCAGCCAUCAUCUAUAGAAGGCAUUGACAAGACAGAGGUUCGGCAAUGUUGUUCAUCUUUCUUUCUCCACUGCCAUUAUAACUAGGACCUCACUAUAGAUGAGUAGUUAUAUCCUUUGAAACCGGAACAGGUUAGAAAAACCUCUAAUCUUGUAAAAAAGAAGAAAAAUUAAUAAUUAUAUUUCAUCAAUGAUUAUAUCAAUUUCAUCACUAAUAAUUAGUUGGAAUAGUAGUUCCCAUUCGAUGAAUAAUAGAUGCACAAUAUUUUUAAAAUAAGAGAUGUAUUCCACUGUUCAAUAAAAUUCAUUCUGCAUUGUUCGAGUUUUUAAGAAAAUUGUCAUACUUGUGCAAAACCAAACUAAUAUUAUUAAACAAUGUUAUAUGAAA